CCUAUCCCAGCUGUCUUCGGGUGAGAGGCGGAGUAAAACACCCCUGGACUGGUGGCCAGCCAAUCCCAGGGCACAUAUAGACAAACAACCAUUCACACUCACAUUCAUACCUAUGGACAAUUUGGAGUCGUUAAUUAACCUAGCAUGUUUUUGGAAUGUGGGAGGAAACCGGAGUACCCGGAGAAAACCCACGCAUGCACGGGGAGAACAUCAAAGCUGUGGGAAUGGCCGUCCUACAGCAUAUCGAGCCUACAGCGCAUGCCCAUAUAAGGAAGCCAGGCUCCCUGUGACAUCACAAAGAGACAGUGUUAUAAAACCUAACAACAAACCUCAUUAUCUGAAACUUUGGCAUUGUUUAAAACGAGAAUACAUCAUUUUAACAAUAUUUAGGGGACAGAAAAUUGAAAAAAGGAUAAUAUACAAGGCAUUAAGAGGAUAACCAAAUAAGAAAAUAAAAAUUGACUUUGGUUAAAAACAACUAAUGUUGACUUUUAGUCAGUAAGUAUUACAAUUUACUUCCUUGCCAUCAGAAGUGUUUCAUCUUGUCGAUAAUUGCGUUUAUUAUUUUUUUAGGAAAUGUGUGUCACACUAUUUGACAGAUAAAUGACACACUCUGUGUUCAAUCCACCCUCAGGCUUACUCAAGUAUGACAAAAAUGCACGUCUACGUUGGGUUCAUCCACGCUUGGACUUACCCAACUCUCGUAUUUGCAUUUUUCGUUUAGUCGAGUCUGUGUCGUCCUCCGGGCUGACACUUGAACGUGAAUUCGACCUUCAUUAGAAAAGACUCUGCAAGCCUCACCGAAUGCCAGUCUUGCACAUUUCAGCUCUCGUACCUGUCACUUAAAUCACCUCUUAAACCUAUUUUGCCCUCAACCUUUGGCCCGUGUACCGCCGGUGUGAAAUAGUCACCGCCCCGUGUCAACUUUGUCACUCAUGUGAGCAAAACUUCUACGAGUGAAAAAGUGUAUGUCACGUGAAACUACUUAUUUUCUUAUUUAAGUAUGAAAGGUGGCAAUUAUAGUACAUGGAGAAACAUGAAGUAUUCAAAGAAUGGACAUUCAUUGAAAUGCGAAAUGAUAAAAUGUGGAAUCACGGGUUUGACCUGUAAGGAGUGGGGGUUGAACCCCUCACCCACGAGCCACCACCCCCGUGUUGUUUGAGAGCUAGCAUGAAAUAAUCAGGUAGACACAUUCUUCCUUUUCAACGAACCCACCCUGGCCCAUCCCACUUUGCCGUAUAUAAAUCCCGGAGACCAAGGUGAUGCUCACAACUGCAGAUCAUCUCCAGUAUCCCCACCUGGUCCAGAUCCAGAUCCUCCAGCAUGUCACUGAGCACCAGAUCCUACGGCCACAAGACCAUGAGUGUCCACGGCGGGGCGGGCGGACGCGGCACCCGGAUCUCCUCCGGCCAGUCGUACGCUUCUUCUUCCGGCUUCAACCUGGCCGACGGCCUGGACCUGCACGUCGGCGCCAACGAGAAGGCCACCAUGCAGAACCUCAACGACCGUCUGGCUUCCUACCUGGAGAAGGUGCGCACCCUGGAGAGGGAGAACGAGCGUCUGGAUAAGCAGAUCAGAGAGUGGUACCAGAGCAGAACCGUCAUCAGCCACGACUACACCAACUACUUUGCCACCAUUGAGGACCUGAAAGAGAAGAUUCGUGUCGCCGCCAGACUCAAUGCCAAAACCAUUCUGGACAUCGACAAUGCAAAACUGGCAGCCGAUGACUUCAAAAUGAAGUAUGAGAACGAGCUGGCCAUGAGAAUGACCGUGGAGGCGGACAUCGCCGGGCUGAAGAAGGUGCUGGAGGAGAUGAACAUGGCCAGAGUGGAUCUGGAGUGUCAAGUUGACGGUCUGAAGGACGAGCUCAUCAUGCUGAAGAAGAACCACGAGGAGGAAAUGGCUCUGGUCAGGAGUCAGGUGGGCGGGCAGGUCAACGUAUCCGUGGAUGCGUCUCCUUCUCCAGACCUGAACCAGGCCAUGACAGAAAUUAGAGAACACUACGAGGCUAUGAUCGCCAAGAACCGCAAGGAUCUCGAAUCCUGGUACCAGAACAAGAUGGCAGCACUGGAACAGGAAGUGAUGACGCAGACGGAGUCUCUGGUAACAUCUCGCUCAGAAAUCAAAGAACUGAAGAGCACCCUGCAGAGACUUCAAAUUGAACUGCAGUCCCACCUGAGUAUGAAAGCCUCCCUGGAGGGAACGCUGGCCGAGACGCAAGCCCGCUAUGCUGCGCAGCUAGCAGGCCUGCAGAACAUGGUCGUCAGCUUAGAGGCCCAGCUGUCCCAAAUCCACGCCAACAUCACCAGCAACAAACAAGAUUACGACAUGCUCCUGGACCUCAAGACCAGACUGGAGCUGGAGAUCGCAGAAUACAGACGGCUGCUGGAUGGAGAGGACGAAAGCUCAAAGCAAGUGGUCACCAAGGUCAUCACAGUGGUAGAAACUGUUGUGGACGGGAGAGUGGUCGGGAGCAGCAAGACUGUAGACGUAGAUGUGGACCAGAUAGAGUGAUAUCUUGGAUCAUUAUCCUCAAAUUAAUAAAGAUCAUGCAGUUAA